AUGGUUGAGCCCCGUCGCUCCGGCCGCCAGCGCAAGGCCAACCCAAAGUACGCAAACGAUGGAUGGGACAAGGAAAUCAUACGAACACUCCGCGAGUCAUCCGAGUCAUCUGGCUCGAGUCCCGCCGAAAGCCAGACAUCGUCAGAUGCGGAAGACGACCUACUUCCUGCUGAUGCCGGGCUUGGGAUUGGGCUCGCUCUUGCCCAAGGCGAAGACGAAGAUGACGACGCCUCCAUGGUGUCCGCGGCGUCCCCUGGGUCGUCCGAUGCCGACAGCCCACCAGAAGACGACGGAGACGACGACAUGGGUAUCGCGUCUGAUGAAAGAGGCGGUUCAAGCCGGCCUACUGCGAGACCGCGCCCAUCCUCUACGUCGGCGCCCACCACCACCACCAGCCAAACAGCACGAUCCCGCGGCGUACAGUUUUCGAGGGAACAUGCAAAGGCAGCGGCGUAUCCUGCCUUGUUUGGACCCGGGGUCGACGAUUUAUGUGAUGUGCUCCGAGCGCGAGAUACUUGGCUCAGAGCCCGAGAUAUCACUCUGCCCAGCCGGGAGACGUUGGUUACUGAACUCGAGCGGUCUCGUGAGAGUUCGGAGGCACGACACCAGGAAACAACCCCAACAAGCCCCGUAUGGGAUUGGCUACGCAGCAAUCAAGACCUGGCACCCAUCGACGAGGCCGAACUACGCGACACAUACUUGCUGCAUGGCACUCCGGAUCAUCCCGUCGUCCUCGGUCCGUGGGGGAAGCAGAAGAAAUAUCAUUUAAGAUACCUUUCUACUAUGGACUUUGGACAGGCCUGGCCCGUAGAGGAUCCGCAGAGCAGCACGCACACGCAGACCGCGCAGAGUGCCGAAUCACGCACAACCAACGCAUAUCAUCAGGGGUGGUUACUCAAUGUCGGAGAAAAGGUGCAAUGUCUAGCCUGGGCGCCCUGUCCAGGUCCUAUACAGUACCUGGCCAUCUCUGUGAAAUGCAUUGCAAGGCAACGAAGGAUGGCGCACUCCCCCGAAAGUGAAAGCGAACGACCAGCCUUCCACCCAUCCCCUCCCUAUCCCUCCAGCAUUCAAAUAUGGGCCUUCGACACGGCUGAAGUAGGCGGCAGAGGCAUAAGAACCCUGGCCAUGAAUCGGCAACCGAGACUCGCCGUCGUGCUCGCAACCCAGUGGGGCAAUAUCCGGCGCCUCAAAUGGUGUCCUCUCGACGACAGUAGACCUUCAGACUCGAGUCGCUCACUCAUCGGCCUUCUUGGGAUCGUGUCAAGCGACGGCCACGCCCGCGUGGUUGCUGUGCCAGUGCCCACGGACGCAGACGACCCAGCCGACGUGCAGCAGAGGAGGACCUUUCGAAUAGAGCGGGCUGGUCUUGAUAUCCCACCUCCCUCAGAUACCAUCUUCACGUCGUUGACCUUCGCCGGGCCUUUCGAUCUCUUGCUGGGCACGGCGAGCGGGUCCGUCCACCUGUACGAUCUGGCAGAUCUGUCGGAGAAGACAACACGUCCCGCGGGCAGCGCUCCGGCCAGCUACGCAUGGGACCACGUUCACCACACAUACAUCAUCUCGCUAUGCGCAGCAUCAGCCCCACACUCGACCCUCGUCGCCAGCGCGUCCGCCUCAGGCGACCUCGUGCUCACAGACCUGCGCAGCCCCGAGCAAGACCGCGUCGCCGUGUCUCGCAUGUGCUUCCCCACCCGCGACCUCGUCUACCUGCCCUUCACGCGCUCGUUCGCCGCCGUCCUCGACCGCAGCGGCAACGGCCAGGUUGAGCGCAAUGCCGCCACGCUGCUCGCGUGCCAUCACGUCCGCCAGUUUCCCAGCAUGUCAAAGGUGGCCAAGCUGCCGCACCGGACGGGCGCCGCGACGGCCCUCGCCGGAUCAGACUGGCAUCCGUGCAUUCUUGUAGGAAAUGCCAGGGGGCAAGUGCUCGCGACGAACUAUCUGCGGAAGAUCCUGCCCUAUCGACGGUCGCACGUCAAGAAGGCUGUCGGCGCGUACAUACAGAAGAUCUGCGAGUACGAUUGGCGGCCUCUCACCCAGGAAGAGGUCCGUCGACAAGACCCCUCGCAUCAGCCGAGUCGUGACAGGGAUGAGAGGCAGGAGCCGAGCCAUAUCAGAGAUGACGCUUCGCCCCAGCCGACUCAACACAGGGAUGACGGGGCAGACCUCUACCACGGCCACGACGUUCGCCCCGGCAUGUCCCGCUUCCACGAAGGCUUCAAGCCCGACAAGAUCGACGUGGGCAACCCGCAACCCGCCUGGAAAAAGGCCAAGAAGUACGAGAACGAAGAAAUCGGCAACGGCGAGGCCGUGUUUGAGGAGGAGCAGGCCGUCACGGCGAUCGAGUGCAGUCCGAAUGCCCAUUGUGCUGGGAUCGUCGCGAUGGGUUGGGGCAGCGGCGUUGUGAGGGUGCAGGAUCUGUCGUACGAUGCGGGCUAA